AAAAAACGCAAGGUUUUAUAAACGCUUGUUCUUAUAAGACAUCAUUUUUAUUUUUUAUUUGAGCGUUAGUAUUGUAUAUUAUGAAGUCAGUACUUUGGAACAUUAUUUUUAUUCCAGUUAUUUUCGUUAGCUGUCAAGCGCAGCCAGACCAAAAUGAAACAACACAAAAAUGCGGAAACCACACGUGUCCUUUCUGGUCGACGUGUAAUAACAACACCCAGUCGGGAGAUAUAGAGUGCGGUGCAUGUAAAGUUGGAUUCGUGGGCGCUAAUUGUACGGACAGAGAUGAGUGUACAUUCCUAAGCUAUGAUCCGUGCGCUCGAUUUGGGACAGGUAUUUGCGUCAACACGCUGGGUGGAUUCAACUGUUCCUGCUUAGUGGGAUGGACUGGUCCGAGGUGUCAAUUUUUGGACGAAAACGUCACCGCUUCUGAACGAGCCUGUCUUCCUGGCUACGUGAAUCAAGUAUAUAAUGACACAUAUGGUGAAUGCCAAGAUUUUGAUGAGUGCGGAAAUAGUAGCACCAACACAUGUGGUCUACACCAGCACUGCGAAAAUAAUGUUGGUAAUUAUAAAUGCGGCUGUGACAUCGGCUGGGAAGGCGUGCACUGUACAAAAGAUAUUAAUGAGUGCACUAGGGCAAACAUCUGUGGGAUGCACCAAAUCUGUGUCAACAAUGAUGGAAGCUACUCGUGUAUUUGUGAUAUCGGCUGGAUGGGAGUCAUUUGCACAGCGGACAUUAAUGAAUGCAACAACAACAGCUUGUGUGAAAUAAAUCAACAUUGUGUGAAUUCCAUAGGAAGCUAUGCUUGCGAGUGUGACAUUGGAUGGCACGGUAGCAAUUGCACAGACGACAUUGAUGAAUGCUAUAAUGCAAGCCUCUGUAAUUCUCAUCAACAUUGCAUCAAUACACUUGGCAGUUAUUAUUGUAAUUGUUACAGCGGAUGGGAAGGAUUCGAUUGCAAAAACGACACAAAUGAAUGCAAUAAUGAGAAUGCUUGUUCUUUACAUCAGCGUUGUCUAAAUACGUAUGGAGGUUAUCGGUGUGACUGUGACAACGGCUGGACUGGACCGCACUGUGAUCUGGACGUAAAUGAAUGCGAAACAAUCAGUCCUUGUACCAGGUACCUUACCAAGUGCGUUAACGACCCUGGAAGUUACCAUUGUGAAUGUCUCACAGGAUGGGACGGAGUGAAUUGCACAGACGACAUUGAUGAAUGUCUAAAUACCAGUAUGUGUGGAGCCCAUCAAAACUGUAUUAAUAGUCUAGGAAGUUUCUUAUGUCAUUGUGAAACUGGCUGGGAGGGAGUCGAAUGUUCUAUUGACAUUGAUGAAUGUGCAAAUGGAAGCGCUUGUGGACAAAACCACUAUUGUGUCAAUACAGAAGGCGGCUUUAGUUGUGGCUGUGAUCAUGGAUGGGAUGGGGACAACUGCACGAAAGACGUAAACGAAUGCUCAAAUACCAGUAUAUGCGGACCAAACCAACACUGUGUCAAUACUUUAGGUAGCUACAUUUGUCAUUGUGAUUUUGGCUGGGAGGGUUUCAACUGCUCUGGUGACAUUGAUGAAUGUGCUAAUACCAGUAUGUGUGGGCCACAACAACACUGUGUAAAUACUGUCGGUGGCUACAGGUGCGACUGUGACAUUGGCUGGAAGGGAGACAUAUGCGACAUCGCCAGUAUUGAAUGUACAAAUGCAACUGUCUGUGGCUUGCGUCAAAUUUGUUCAAGCACCAACGGUAGCCUCAUUUGCGUGGAAAGUAAACUGGUCAUCAAUUCAACAGCAGCUUCGACCAGAGCCUCAGAUGGAUUAAGACCUUCUAAUGAGGACCCUGGAAGAAAUCUUGAUGGAGGACAUAUGCAUAUUGUACAAAGCUUUGGCAACAAGAGGGAAAACUCGGAGAACCAACAAGAAACUGAACUUAACAUUGUUCUUGGCUCAGUAUUUGGCACUGUAGCCUUCAUUUCCGGAUUUAUUGUUGCGCUGAUUGCAUAUAGAAAAUGCAGCAAGAAGCAAAAGGUGGGUUCUGCGAAAGAAAAUAAUAAUCUGGAAGCGGGUGGUACGAGCCUUGCAAGGGUGUUCAUUAUCGACAAAGAUGGUCGUUUCAAAACAGCUUAAACAGAAUGUGUAUUUAUUAUGUCUAUAUUUGUAGUUCAGUGAUGUAGUGCAAAGUUCCUUCACCUAUCAUCCGUAUCUUUAACUGACAGAACUGACAUGGAUCGUAUAUGUUUUGUUCAUGCGAUACAACAAGGGAUACACGUUUAAAAACUCUUUUGUGUUUAAAAAUAAGGAUUAAUGUCAUAUGGGAUGGGGGCAUUAUAAUGCCUGAAGUUUACAUAUAUUUACAUUAAAUAAAUGACAACGAAAGAC